AUGCGCACCACGACUCCCCUCGUCGCAGCGACGGCAUUCGCGGCGGCCGCUUCCCUCGCCUUGGCGCACGGGGACCAUGCAGAAGUCGAUGAGAACCCGGAUGCGACCUACGCAGAGCUGCACAUGGCUCAGGAGCACCACAUGGACUCGUUCGACAUCCAGGCGUUCUUCCACCUGCAUGACCUGAACCGCGACGGCGUCCUCGACCGCAACGAACUCGAGUCGAUCUACGGCGUCCACCACGAGAAGCGCCGCAAAGGCGCCAAGAACCUCGAGGUGCACACGCAGCAGGCGAAGGACAUUGUCGAAGCUGUCCUUGCCAAGCUCGACACGAAUCAAGAUGGCGUCCUGACGAUGAGGGAGUUCGUCGCGGGAGGAGUCGGUGGACUGCCGAACUUCAAGGGUGUCGAACACCUCGGGCAUCACUACGACGCCGAAGGAGAAUAUUUCUUGCACCACGAGGAGAAGUACCACAACACGCCCGAGACGCAGCGCGAGGAGGACUACGUUCACCCUGAAGACAUCGAGCACUUCCUCUCGCACGAAGAGAUCGAGGAGCAGGAAGACGAGCGCGUCCGCCACUUCACGGGCGAAGAGCCCGAUUUCACGCCUCAACAAGCUGCCGCCGCGUCGCCCGAAGAAGUCCAGCAGCACAUCUUCAACGAGCUGAACGGGCUCGCUGACGAGGCUACGACGGCUGAUGAGAAGGCGUUCGUAGAGAAGGCGACGGCGGACGAGGACAAGGGCAAGCCGCAUGCCGAGGUGGUCAAGCCGCUCGGGCAGAAGGAGAUGCCUCCUCCGACAUACAACCCCGCCGGCGGGGCCGCGCAAAAGAUGUUCGAGACUCCUCCGCUGGACGACGGGUCGCCCGAGACUGCGCCGACGCCGCAGGAGCGCGCGAGGCGCGAGCGCGCGCAGUUUGCGAGGCAGCAGGCGGCCAAGUUUUCGAAGGAUGUCAGGGAGGCGAUGAAGCGUGGUGAGUGGGGGAGUGGGCAGGGCGCGGACAACAAGGGGUCGUUUGCGAGGCCGAAGGAUGCGGCGGACAGGUUGAGGAGGAACGUUCCGUACAAGUACAAGGUCCGCAAGACGUGGUUCGAAUUCUAG